CCGCGUAUAGAUUGUUGUUAAACCGACAUUACAACUGUGCAGAUGUAAACUUGUAUCAUUGCAAUGUGUAAAGAUACGCGUUGACCAAUCUAGACAUGUUAACAUGCUAACAGUGGAAAUUGGCGGUUCGUUAAAGUUACCGUUGCACAUUUGUAAGUUUUAUGCGUUGUGUAUGCGAUUUAAAAAUACAAGUGAAUGUAUAUUUUACAUUUUGAACAUUUAAGUUUUUAUUCAUUGAAAAGUUUUAAUUGGACAAUGAACAAGAUGAACAUUUGAGAUGUCUCCACCUGAACAAUUAACAUUAUUGAAAAUUGAAACAUAAAAUAUCAAACAUUGCUUAUUUGAACGGAUAUUAUUUGACAUGUAUGUAUAAUCUAUAAUUGCACGAUGGAACAUAUCAGCUUAAUUCUCAACACGUGCAGCAUUUCUUGUGAUGAAUAAUAUUGGCGGUCUUUCCCUUCCAAAGAAUAGUGAGUUGAUCAUUGCAUUGGGUUUAUGAACAAAGAUGUCUCGAAAACCUGUCUCAGCGAACUAUUAUUCAACGGAUUCGGACAGCGCUGAUACUCCGGAAAGACCCCAGAGAGAUCUGUCUUGGCCGGCCAGAUAUGAACGUAUCAACGUGGAUGGCAACCAUCUGAGUUUUGUGUCAGAUGACACAAACAUGGAUGGUCUUUAUGUUGCUGCAAAACCACUGUGUUCAGAGCAUGGCUACUUUGAAAUUGAAAUUGAUGACAAUGGGUUAAACUCGGAGAUAGGGAUCGGCCUUGUACCCUAUACGUACCCACUGGGUGCCAUGCCUGGAUGGGAAGCAUUCUCAGUUGGAUACCGCGCUGACGAUGGGGACUUAUAUAAGGCUUGUUCGGAUGGCAGUACGUUUGGUGCAAAGUGCAACAUUGGCGACAUAAUGGGUUGUGGUAUCAAGUUUGCGAAAAGUGAAGAGGAACGACGGAAGCUUGCUAAUGAUGUUCAGGUGUUCUUCACAAGAAAUGGAAAAGAGGUGGGAACAGUGACUGUUCCGUAUCCCCCGGGGGGCCUGUACCCAGCGGUGGGGAUGCACUCUGACGGGGCGAAAGUGAGAUUGAUACUGGACGCCGAGUUGCAGUAUGAGUUACACGAUAACGAACUCGCUGGAAUGGGACGUGAUGACCUAUCAAAACGAAAUCAGCUCAAGAAGAUUGUAUUGAAUGCUCUGGGACUGAAAACAUGGAAAGAGGUGCAAGAUUCCUACGAUCAGGCAGACAACAUGUUUCAGUACCAAGGUGAUGCAUCAACUUCAGAAGGGCGUAUACAGUUUUUGACAAGCGCUCUUGAACUGGCAAAAAUUGGCAAAACAAAUUGGAGUGUGAACAUCACGGUGAAACGAAAUGGUGUAGAAAUACCCGUUGAUAAGCAGUUGAUGGAGAGAUAUUCUGAUCAAAUACUUAAGGAAAUCAAACAGAAAUUUUAAACAAUACACCUCACGAAUUCUGAAAGAAGCAAAACUCAACUAUUGCAAUUGAUUGAAUCUUCACGCUUUGUGAAAUCAUUUCCCCUAAAAAUUUCGGACCAUUGUUGUAAAGUUAUAAGAGGCGUUUUAUUGUGAUGAGUAGUAUUGGGAAAAAAACGAAAAAAAACAAACGGAAUUGAAUAAUAGAAAUUUUUCUAUUUUAGACACUUCUAUUAAGUAUGUUCAAGCGUCUAUAAUUAUGUAAAUCUCACUGUAUGGUACUUCUAUUCACUUUUAUGCGUAUAUGUAUAAUAUAUACAUGUGUAUGAAUAAAUAAAUAAAAUAUCAUUGAACUAUUAAACUAUAUAAUUUCUAAAAAAAACGGCUCAACAUGUUUUCUUUAAAUUUCGCAUAUUGUUGUUUAAAAACAUUUUAUACAAAGUUGCAAUUAAUGUAUUCAUCCAAGACAAACUGACAAACAUGUCGCCGUUCUACUACAGUUGUAUGAUUUGUUGGGGGUGUUUCGCAUAUAAACUCCCACGUACAUGUAUUAUCCAAAAAUAGAUGCUUUCUGAUUAUCAAUACAAAACGGUAAAUAAAGAUGACACAAUCUUUCUUGAUAAAAUGUUACGCAAUAAAAAACAGCCAUCCCUACU